UUUUGUUACGGCUUAUUCACAAAAUCCAUGGACCAAACCCCUAUAUAAAUUUCAGAUUAGGGUUUUUUUGUGCUCUCGAAGAUAAUCUCUUGCGUUGGAGGCCACUUUUCGCGCCGAUCGCCAGGUGUUUUAGUUGAGAUUUAAAAUGGUGGAGAAGACCAAAGGCAGAAAGGAGGAGGUAGUUACCAGAGAGUACACCAUUAACCUUCACAAGCGCCUUCAUGGCUGCACGUUUAAGAAGAAGGCUCCCAAAGCCAUCAAGGAGAUCAGGAGGUUUGCUGAGAAGGCUAUGGGAACUAAGGAUGUGAGAGUGGAUGUUAAGCUGAACAAGCAUAUCUGGAGCAGGGGAAUCAGGAGUGUGCCUAGAAGAAUCAGAGUUCGCAUUGCUCGCAAGAGGAAUGAUGAUGAAGAUGCCAAGGAAGAGUUGUACUCCCUCGUUACCGUUGCAGAAAUCCCUGCUGACGGACUGAAGGGACUCGGGACUAAAGUCCUUGAGGAAGAUGAUUGAAUUGUCUUUGUUUUUGUUUUCAAGACGAGAUCAGGUUGUAGUUUUGAUCUGUUUAAUGGAAGGAGACGAUCAUAUUUAAUUGAAGUUGUUGGAGAUUUUUUCCUAUA